AGCAAGGAAGAAGUGUUGAAUAGCUAUAUUAUUAUGAGAGUAGAGAAAUAACGUUAGUAACAACAUAUUAACGAUGCAGCUGGUGGUUUGGGCGUUGAUAGUGUUCUCUGUGUUUUACAGCCAGGGGGCGGGCGCCUGUCCUGAUCAGUGUAACUGUACUGAUGCACAUUUUUGUGAUGGAACUUUUGUAGAUUGUCGACAUAGUCAACUGACUGAAGUACCGACUAACAUCCCCUCGGACACCUGUGAUCUACACCUGUGGGGGAAUAACAUAACAACGUUACCGAAUAGAAUAUUUGAUGCACUCAAGAAGCUCAUGAGACUAUCCCUGAGUUCGAAUAAAAUAACAACAUUACCGAUUGGAAUAUUUGAUGCACUGACAAGUCUACAGAAACUAAACCUGUAUGACAAUGAAAUAACAACGUUACCGACUGGAACCUUUGAUACAUUGACGAGUCUUCAGACACUAUACCUGAGCGACAAUAAACUAACAACACUACACACUGGUACAUUUGAUCAACUGGGGAAUUUACAGAUACUUGAUGUAAGCGGAAACCCCCUACAUUGCGAUUGCCAUUUAGUCGCCUUUAUCCGCUUUAUGAAAACAAGGCGAUUGCAGUUAACGCCCUUUUCGUGGAGUACGGAAGCUUCCUGUCAAAACCCUCUUAAUUUAAAAGAAACGUUGCUGAAGGACAUUUCACUUCAAGAAGUAUUUUGUGAUUCAGGGAAUACGAAAGCUCAAACCUACACAAUAGAUUUGACGUCUGCCAACUCAAUUGUCAAUCCAGGAGAUAAUUAUACAUCUCUUUGUAAGAUUUCCGAUCAAGGGACACUGGACAUCAUCACGAAUUUAAAGGUGAAGUGGUACCACAAUUCAAAACUGCUGACCAGUCAGUGUACCUUGAAGGAUGUGUCAAUGGCGGAGAAGUAUUCGUGUGAGGUACUCCCCCCUCAGCAUAACAGCAUCAGCUUAGAGUUGACAGUGAUGGAUGUGCAGACAGAAGAUGUUGGAAGCUUAACCUGUGAAUUGAUGAAGCAGGUGAAGGAGAACGAGAUAUGGAAAGACGAAGAGUUAGAGAAAGAGUCAGUGGAAAUCAAAAUAAGAGAUUUCAGAUCAGCUUCCACUAAUGCAGACACUGCCGUCACAGAGAUUGCAGGAUUUGGCAAGUUUUCAACAUGUACCAAAAUAUUUGGAAAAUGUAUAAUACACUGUUACUGCUUUAUCAAGUUACAAUUUGCAGUAUACGUCAUAGACAUUUGGUAUUUACAUUCAUCAAUAGCUAAUGACAUAAUAUAUCUUCACGCUGAGGUUAUUGAAAACAUAUAUUUGAAAUUUGAUGUUUGCAUGAGGAAUUCUAAUCAACCAGGUAGACUCCAUGUAUAAAGAUUGUAUUUAUGUCCAAUUUCUAAAUUUCCCAUGCCAUCGGAAGUAAGUUCGCUUCUUUAUCUAUUUGUAGAAAAAUAUCAUGAAAUGCCCUGCAAAUGCAUGCAUAUGCAAUUUCAAAUCGUUAAAAAAUGUUCCACAGAUGCCGCGAGAGGAAUCUAAUUUGAGAUGAUCUCGAAUAUGACUUGGCAUGUAGCGUAGAUAAUUAGAAAUUCUAGAACAGUCAACACAACUUUGUCAAUUCUUUAUAUAACCAGCUUUGUCUUAUUUGGUAAGUCGGUCAUUAAGGUAUUAUCAAUAGAGCGAUCGAAUGACGAGAAAACAAUCAUAUUCUAUUUCCACGAAGUAGUAAAUCAUUCUCAGUUGAUAAUUCGAAUCAACUGAAUCUUCACUUAAGACUGAUGGAAUGCAAAGUUUUGUUUUUGAGAAGGGGUGCAAAUUCGUAUACCUUUUACAUUACUGAUUGCUUAAUAAGUAAGAUAUCCACAUAUCAUGAGAAAAGAAAUAUAUCUUUCUAUAUUUCAAAUAAAUUUCCAUAUUGUAACAUAUUAACCAAUAGCAAAACACAUGGGUGUUUUUAUAAUGCAUGUAUUUAAAGAUAAAAAAAAGCAUUGUGUUGAAAAUAAAAAAGGAUAAAUGAGAAUCGUCAAAAACAAUGUUCAAAUAAAUCUACGGAAUAUUCAUCGAUGCACUGUUACCUGGACAACGUAAGAGGCAUGUAUCCCUGUCAAUGUAUUCAACACUGGUAGGUAUUUAUAUCCAAUAGUCAACGCUGGUGAGUACAUAUUUUUGUUUCCCCUUAGAAUAAACUAAUAUAGAACAAAACAACCAGAAGGUGCAUCGCUAUGUUCAUGUUAUAUAUUUACCAGGAAUGUACAACAUAUGCGUUUAUUUGAUAUUUGCAAGAUUUACGUUUUAUUAGUGUUUACAAGGUAUAAAUGGUAUUUACAUGUUAUAUAUUUACUUGGUAUGUACACGUUACACGUUUAAUCGGUAUACGCGCAUUUUGUGCGCCCGGAGAGAACGGGAUAAUAAUAAUUAUAAUAGCGACAAAAAUCACAAACAUGGAAUAUGGUAAGUAAUCAAUGUUUCAUUCAUUCUUUCUAUCAUCCUAUGAUCCUAUUUGAACAUUUCAGGAGAUCAGAAAAAACGGUUGUGUCUCUCUGUUGCUUCGACAAGGGCAUGGCCUGUAUGUGGUCGGGUUUUUGGAGAUCACGGUCGGAUGCUGACAGCUGAUUUGUGUUAACAGGACUUCAGCCAUUUCCUUUGAUGUCGGCAUUUCGCAAGUUCUAUGACCGAUGUGUGAUCUGGAUUGCAGAUUGUCCCGCUCACACGAUGGAAACAGAAGAUUUACAGCGGCUGUGGCCGAUCCACAACGACUGUUUCCUCCUCCUAGACAGCUGGAUCCCCGCCUGUGUUUCUAAUGAUGGGGAUUAUAUCACGAAUAAGAGAAGGAACAAUAUGACCACUUCAUGCUUCCCAUUUUGUCUAAUGGACAACCCACUACUGGCACUGCAAUGAACUGGGGAUUCACUCUUCGGAAAUAUGUUACUCCCAUCCGUUAAACUCUUGUCAUUACGGGGAACACCCAUGUAGGGUUUCCAGCAUUCGUAACUACAGAAGGAAUCAGAAGGAUCGAAAUCACGUAGGAAUUUCAACCAAACAUUGAAUGAUGUGGUUUGUGCACGACCUACUUUCUCCGUACGGUGAAUUAGAAAUACUCCACGUGUAAAAUGGUAAACGAUGACAAAGAUAUCCAAGGGUAUUUAUUGAGGAAUUCAUUUCUUAACUAAUUAUGGACAAAUUAGUCAUUUUCGAUAUAAAUGACCAGACUACUAACAAAUUUCAUAUCAAUGGAAUCAAUUAGUAAGCAUGCAUCGAGGAAACUCUGAUCAGGAGAUGUAGCAGUCAUAAUCAGAUCCACAACGGUUCAAAUCGGCAGAAAUCAACCUUAAGAACAGACAUGAAGCUUUGAACUCUCGAUUUAGAAUGCUGUUAUUUGGCUGAAUCAAUUCCUGUGAAAUCGAAAUGAAUUUCAUAUCUAGCAGUCCACAUCUGAACGUUACGCCGUUCCGGGGUACAUAUCGAGGACGAUAUGCCGAGGGUUGUAUACAGAGUGUCAGUAUGUGACGAAACACAGUGCACCGUCCGUCAUCGUGAAUAUAAAGAUAACACAUGUUCUAAUAUGUUAUCGUCAUCUGGCGAGAAACUGACGUUCUGUUUGAAUAUAAAUUAUAUUUAGACACGACGGAUUUGAAAUGAUUGGCUUAAACUUUCAUUUGUCAACUUUCAACAACGUUUCCUUAUCUACUUUUAAAUGUUGAAUGUUUAUUUGUGACUUCCUGAAAUAUAUUGACUAUAUCCAAUAUUUAGAAAAGAGACUUGGAGUAGUAAGCUGAUAUAAAACUCUAACCUGUGUCCACUUGACAACUUUUAAUCACCAUGGAAAUAUUACUGAAAUAUCUUUAACGCGACGUAAAACACUAUGAUCGUAGUUAACUGAUUUCAAAAAGAGACAAUCUAAAUAAAUAUGUUACAUAAACAAUGUCCUCAAUAAAAACAAGAUGUAUU